UCCCACUGUUUACUGGAUUGGAAACAUACAUUGAACAAACACUGAGGAUUUGAGGGUUUAGAUUUUUUGACAGCAGCUGUUAGAUGGACUUUAUUUUUUUAAGUUCAUUUGGACAGCUGUAGAUGAGUAUGGAGAUGAACGGUCGCGUCCUGCCUCCGUCAAUACCUGAGGAUGCAGAAGCCCCGGACCACGUUCCUCACGGGGGGGUUAACGGUUACCACCAGAGGCUUCAGGGUGGUGACGGGGGAGAGGCGGAGGUCCCAGUGUCCAAAUCCCAGAGACGAAAGAGCGAUGUCAAAGUCUAUAAGGAGUUUUGUGAUUUCUAUGCUCGCUUCAACAUGGCCAAUGCUCUGGCCAAUGCCAUGUGCGAGCGCUGCAAGAGUGGCUUCGCCCCGGCCGAGAAGAUAGUGAACAGUAACGGGGAACUCUACCACGAGCAGUGCUUUGUGUGCGCCCAGUGUUUCCAGCAGUUCCCAGAGGGACUCUUCUAUGAGUUCGAAGGCAGGAAAUACUGUGAACAUGACUUCCAGAUGCUGUUUGCUCCCUGCUGCCACCAGUGUGGUGAGUUCAUCAUCGGCCGUGUGAUCAAGGCUAUGAACAACAGUUGGCAUCCAGACUGUUUCUGCUGUGAUCUCUGCCAGGCGGUGCUCGCUGAUGUUGGAUUUGUUAAGAAUGCUGGAAGGUCAGUUCCUCUACAACCAGGUUUACGUCUGCUACGAGAUGUUUUAUCUGGCACUGAUUGUUUCUUCUGUUUAUUGUCAGUGGUGUCUGCCCUCAACAAGGCUUGGUGUGUCAACUGUUUCGCCUGCUCCACCUGCAACACUAAGCUCACCCUCAAGAACAAGUUCGUGGAGUUUGACAUGAAGCCGGUGUGCAAGAAGUGCUACGAGAAAUUCCCUCUGGAGCUGAAGAAGAGGCUGAAGAAGCUGUCUGAAACUGUGGCCCGGAAGUAAACACACAGUUAACAGCUGGAGGGGGGAAACAGACGAGGCCCCGCGGUGGCCGUGCAAGUCACAUUUCCAGAAUUGACAAUCGUUUAAGAUAGCAAUAGUGUGUUUUUAUAUAACUGGUAUGUUUAAAUUUAGGAUUUCAGUUGCAGAGGAUCAUUUCAUAGAGCCUGAGACCGAUUGUUGGUCAGUCAGCGGGGUUAACAUUAACCUGUUCAGUGCCUUUUGGCUCAAAUACUGCACUGUAUAUUUCUCACAUGCUUGCCUUAGCUCACUAUAUAUAUUAAACCUGUAUUAACACAGAUGAUGACACAAGCUUUAAGAGAAUUAUUAAAAAAAGAACUCAUGUUACUGAUACUCUUAAUAUAUAAUAAUGGAGUAAAGCCAAAGUAUGUGUAUAUAAUAUCUCUUUUCACCAACAUGUCUGUGUAUUAUUGAUGUGUAUUUCCUUUAAUAUUAUGCAAUGUAAGUUUGUGUUUAGCUUUAUAGUAUUUGAAUUUCUACCGUUUAUCGACAUCAUACUGUAGCCUCGUCAGUGUUACAGUGAUGGACUCAACCAUCACCUGCAUUAUGUUGGAUUGCCUUGUUAUAUGGUAUGAAUUGUAUGUGUGAAACAGCCUCUAUAUAAACCGGUGUUUACACUAAGUUACCAGCUUAUUAGGUUCACAGUAAAUCCCACAUUUAUAACGUUCAAUUUGUGUUUUCUAAUCUAUUAGUUUCAGCUUUCAAAGUAGUCCAGUUCAACAUCACAACUACAUCUCAAAACUGACGGGGCGUGAAGCAACACCUCUGUCACGCUGUCAACAAAUACUGAACAUAAUAAGCUUCACAGUAACAGGAUUUAUUGCGUAGCAGCUGGUAACUCUGUGUGCAUUACUACAUGAUGGCUGGUGGCAUGUGCAGAGACCGGAUGUGGGGAGUAAAGUUAGAUGUUAGAGAACAUGUCUCUGCUGUUUGUAAUCCAGAGAAAGUGAUCCUCUUAGAGAGGUGUACCGACUUCCUCGGGGGCUCAGACCCUCUUAGGAAAGAAAGCCAACUGUUGUGAAUGGGAAAGAAUAAUUUCCGCUCUGUAUUUUGACGUAGAUCGCUUAUCUUUUACAUAGUAGUUUAGAAAAAACACAUUCCGCUGUUUUAUGGAAAUACAAAACUUAUGUUACUGGUAUAAAUUUCACUGCCUUUGCCACAACAUUUAUCAAAUGUCACGUCAAAGUAAAACUAUCCACGGGACUGACUAAAAAUAGUCCAGUGGAUAGUUUUAUUUGAUCUCGUACUACCUGGGAGACGGUACUGACUCCACACCGACAGACUUUGCUCUUAUAUACUGUAUUUUAUCUCCACAAUGUUUGUCAAGAACAAUAUUAUAUCAUGUAAACACACCAAAGUGCAUGUUGAAGACUUGAAUCCAAGACAAUGCAUCGGAAUAAACAUGUAUGUCAAUGCUA